AUGUUCCGGUACAGCCAAUCGACAGCUGGUCAAGAGGAAUCCGCCGUCGUCUUCUGGUGCAACCGACCUUCGAAUCUCUUCACGCAACACUUUCACUCGAAAUGGAACCGCCUGCAAAUAGGAGCUGACUCUUCUGCUCUUUCCCCGUUGAGAUCACUUCCACCUCGAGUGGAAAUGGCUGAUCCCUCUGGAUCGGCUGCCGUCGUUUGUAUCAACUGGAACAAUCUAGUUGACAUUGUCCUCGAAGCAAUCUCUUCAAAUCGGCUGAAAAUGUGCCUAGCUUUCGUCCCUCACAUGAAGGACAUUUCAGAGUAG